AUGACGGUCAAACUGCGCGAUGCAGCGUUGAAGCCAACGGAUUCAGUAGCUCAAAAAUUGAAGGCUACUACACCCACGGCAGUAACACAGGCUAUCGAGACGUCGACUACGGAAGUGCGCCUACCCAGAAUCGAGCUUCCCAAAUUUAGUGGUGACUCAACUGGGUGGAUUCUAUUCCACGAUUCGUUUAAGGCAUUGGUGCACGAUAAUACGACGCUCUCAGGCUACCAGAAGUUGCACUAUCUUCGCAGCUGCCUUCAAGGCGAGGCGCUGCAGGUCGUCUCUAAACUAACAAAUUCGGAGGCAAAUUACCAUGUGGCUUGGGAUCUGAUUUGCUCAAAGUAUAAGGUGAUGCGAAUCAUCGUUGAUAGUCACUUUCGCGCAAUAUUCAACAUAAAGCCAGUUACGAACGAAACAGCACAAACACUUAAACACGUUCUCAAUUCAAUGUUGCAAAACAUACGGGCUUUGCAAGCGCUUGAACGGCCAGUAGAGGCGUGGGAUGAUUGGUGGGAGUUGUCAUUAACGAAUGAUAAGCUGCCUACAUUCAACGACUUGCAAACAUUCCUCGAGAGCCGGUGCCGAUCGCUAGAGGUACUAGCACCUGGUAGUGGCGGACCAACCAGCAAAAGGGGUAGUAAUGCAGCCGUGUUGCAUCCAUCAUCCAAUCGACAUUCGCCUCGCCACACGCAAUCUUCAAGAGCCGAUUCAUGCACGUGCUGCUCUUCUCAGCACAGAAUCUACGCCUGCAGCAGCUUCAAGGAGCUAAGCCCGGCUGCUCGAGCACAAUUCAUCAAACAAAGGGAAGCAUGUUUCAACUGUUUUCGUCAGGAUCACAAAGCAUCAAAUUGCAAGAGCACGUCCAAUUGUUUGAGCUGUGGUCGCCGGCACCACACGCUACUCCAUGAAAGCUACAACAACACGAAUAGCCCUUGCGAAACAUCAGCAGCGGCAGCUGAUACAGCAUCAUGCGCUGCACCUGCACCCAGCCGGGUGUCUAGCGAAAAGCAUACUCAUCUUGCAACUAGUUCUCUUGAUCCUGUCAAUGCGCUAUACUGA